CUCUUCAUGUGUCGCCCAAGGAACGAUGGCACUUCCUCUGGGUCGCUUCUUACCCUCGCUCUGCGGAGUCCUCAUCUCCCUAUCCCUGGUUAUCACUGACAGCGGAACGGACUUCGAACGAUGUGGCAUCGGACCGGUUUUGACGGGGCGAAUCGUCGGUGGCAAUGAAACGGAGCCCAAUAAAUGGCCUUGGCAGGCCUCUCUCAUGUUAACGCAUCCCCAGUAUGGUAAAGUGGGGCACUGGUGUGGUGCCGUCGUUAUACACAAACAGUGGGUCAUGACAGCAGCUCACUGCAUUUUGAACCCACUGUUCUCCCUACCCCAGCCCGUGUUCUGGAAGGUCCGAGUCGGUGAACACAACCUCAAGCUGACGGAAGGGCCAGAGAAGACGAUACAGGUGUCCGAGGUGCACUUCCAUCCCUGGUACCACGCCUACGACAAAGACAUCGCCCUGCUGAAACUGGAAGAAGAAAUGGAAUUCAACGACUACGUUCGAGCCAUAUGCCUGCCGGAUGAGGAUGCCGGAUAUCUGGGCAUGAGAUGCGCCGCCACAGGCUGGGGAAAAGUUGAUUUUGAUAAAAGAGGGUCCAAUGUUCUUCGAGAAGUUGAAAUUCAAGUCUUAGACAACAAUGUGUGCCAUGGAGCUUAUUAUCCAACGUAUCAAAUUCCUAUCAAAGGUUGGCACUUGUGUGCUGGUGAAUUAGAAGGUGGCAAAGGAACAUGUCAGGGUGACUCCGGCGGGCCAUUGCAGUGCCUGAUGAACGGACGCUACUACGUUGCAGGAAUCACUUCCUUUGGUUCUGGAUGUGCUAAAGAAGGUUUCCCGGACAUUUACACCAGGGUGAGCUACUUCGCCGACUGGAUAGAAGAGAUCAUGAGCCGACCUGAACCGCCUCCUGGAAAAUAAGUGCCAUUGGUUUCAAACUCGGACGGUAAUGGAAGGGUGGAACAACAACGGGAAAGCAAUCAUUUGGAUCAUCAACUCUCGGAAGUCAUCAUUUACAACUCAAAAACGAAUUUCCAAUAAGUCAUUUUCAUAAACUCUUGUAACCAUUUCAAUUUUUCCCACUGUGUUUGUCUAAAAUAGGGAGCUCUUAAUUCAAGGAACAAUCAUUGCAUGGUUUAUAGUUUAUUUUUUAAUACUGAUGGGUACGCACAUGCUCCCUAGAUAUAAAUAGAAGUGGAAUUCCGCCUUUUCUACGACAGACUGAAUUAGGAUUGUUUUUGUAUAAAUUUUUUACUUUCAAGAAAUAAAAUAGAUAUAUUAUAAUGAAAGCAUAACCACGACUUUGAAAACCAUUGGGUUUUCAUAACCAUCUUGA